AUGGCUCACCGCGAGCAGCAGCAGCAGCCACAGCAACAACAGUUGCAAUCUCUCGUUCCCGAUAGUAGUCUACCCCAGGAUCUGUUAUUACUACAGCAACUGGCUAUGCAACAAGCACACGGCAAGCUUACUCGACAGCAGCAACAACAGCAGCAACACAUGGUGGAACACCAGCAGCUGUUAAUGCUGUUAGAGGCAGAAGCUGCUGGAAAGGCUGCAGUGUCGUCACAAGAAGACCAAAGAGCCCAGAUGCUCCAACACCCGGAGCAACAACAACAACAGCAACAAGCUCUGAAGCGCCAGAUACAGGAUCUCCAACAGCGCUGUUUCGCCUCUGACCUGCAUUCUCAACAACAAUCACAGCAGCAACAGGACGGCUUGCCUCAGUUCCAGACAGGUUUGACCUCUGGGAGAUUGCCACAGCAGCAGAAUGAGCACAAGGACCAACUGCCACAACAAGAAGUGGUAGCGGCUGUUCGUUCUCCAGGAUCUCUUCAAUUCCGCCUACCCUCGUCAAAGGUGCCAGCACUAUCUCUCAGAGCCUUAGCAGCAAAGCAGCAACAGCACCAGUAUCAGCAGCAGCGGAGUGAAGACCAACUAUUGCAACAGCUGCAAUCUACUGAUUCCUGGAGUGAGGCGCCUGGCAUUAUGCAGAUAUCAUCUGGUGCACCGGAAGCUACACAGCAGCAGCUGCAACAGCAGAAAUCGGCUGAGCUUGAAGAAGUGGUCUCACGUCAGCAGUUAGUGCAUCAGAGGCUGCUCCUGCAGCAACAGCGGAGGCUUCCUGGUAGUCAGCAAGCUUUUGCCGAGGCAGUCCUGCAACACGGGUGGCAGCGUCCAGCUGCAGGUAGUGCUGAUGAAGCGGCAGUCUCUGCAGCGACAGCCGCAGCGCCCGGCUACUACAGGGACCUCAAUCCAUGGGGCCAGGCAGUGUCUCGCAGCACAGCCAGCACUGCCACAGGAGACGACUGCUACUCGUUCGCGUCUCUUGCUGCUGCCGCUGCUGUACGUAAAGCGGAGCAGAGCCUGAAGCCACCAUCGCCUGAAGACCUGCAGCGGCAACAGCAGCCACCGCAGCAGCCACAAAUGAUGCAGCAGCUGCAGCAGCAGUCCUUAUCUCGCCAAGGUCGUGAGUUGUUGCAAGCUGUCGAACUACUUAGACAUCAGCAGAAGCAUCACCAGGGAGAACAGGUUCAACAAAAAGAAGCCCAUUGGACGCUCCAUGUAGAAAUGCCCAACACUGAAACGGCUCCUGUAGUAUCGCCCUUCGGAAAUUACAGUCUUAGGGAAAUGCAGAGUCGCAUGGCGUCUCUCGCACUGCAGCCGCAGCAACAACUAUCAGGGCAGCAAAUGGAGCAGCAGCGCCAGCAGCAACAGCUUGAGCACCACCGACAGCUAGAGGGCUUUUUGGCCCAGCUGGCCAGGGAUCAAACGGAGGGACUCAGUGCUCUAUCGGACCCCACAAGCUGCACUCGCCAGCUGCAGGAGCACGACGCAAUAAAUGACGACCGCGAGGCGCACCGUCAAACAGCGAAAUUUGCUGCGGCAGCACAAUGCGAUUGCACUACAACGUACUCUGAUGAACGGGCUGCCGCGCCUCCGCAGAGACUUUCUACUAUUAAAAGUGAAGAUGAAGGACAGGACAGCGAUGGAGAGCGUGGCCACACCCAGCAGCUGCAACAGCAGCAAACGCUGCAGCAGCGCCUAGCCGAAGGGAAGGUACCGCUGGUAGUAUAA